AUGAGGGCCUGCUACUACCUACUUUUCCUCGUCGCGCCGUUCGCGACGCCCUGGGCGCCGCCAUCAUCAACGCGCCGCGCCGCAUCCUUAACGCUGCGGGCGACGCGCGCCCCGAAGUUCUUCGAGGCCGACAGUAUCAUCGACGUGCGCGUCGACUCCCUGAGCAGCCUGGGCGACGGCGUCGGGCGCGUCCGCAGCAACCUCACGGGCAGCGACGUCGUCGUCUUCCUCCCGUUCGCGGCGCCCGGCGACGUCGUCCGCGCGCGCGUCACCGAGGAGAGGAAGCGGAGCUGCCGCGCGGCCGUGGUCGAGGUGCUCGAGCCGUCGCCGGACCGCGCCGUCCCGCGGUGCCCGUCCUUCGGCGCCUGCGGCGGCUGCCAGCUGCAGCACCUGACCCUCGACGCGCAGCGGCGCUGGAAGCGCGUCUUCCUGCGGGACGCGCUCGAGCGCGUGGGCGGGCUGCGAGGCGUGGCCGUCGAGGCGACGCGCGGCGGCGACCGCGGCUACGGCUACCGCAGGAAAUUGACGCCCCACGUCACGGCGCGCGGCGCCCUCGGCUUCCAGCGCGUCGGCGGCCGGGGGCUCGUCGACGUCGCCGCGUGCGCGAUCGCCGACGACGCCGUGAACGAGCGGCUCCGCGCGCUCGCGGCCGAGCCCCGCGACCGGCUCCUCGCGCGCGCGGCGGCCUACGCGCCGGCGCGCCGCGCGCGGGCGAAAAAGGCGCCCGCGGGCGGCACGCUGCUCCUCCGCGGCCACGCCGCGGGCGUCGCCGUCGACCCGGACGAGGUCGUCGAGCAGGAGGUCCGAGGCCUGCGGUUCGCGCACAAGGCCUCCGAGUUUUGGCAGAACAACGACGACGCGCUGCCGGCGCUCGUGGACCACGUCGUCGCGGAGGCGCGCCGCUCCGGCGCGACGAAGCUGCUGGACUGCUACUGCGGCGGCGGCCUCUUCGCGCUCGCGGCCGCGGCGGACUUCGACGCGGUCCGGGGCGUCGAGGUCUCCGCGGCGAACGUCGCGGCGGCGACGCGCAACGCGGCGCGCAACGGCCUCGGCGGCGUGGCGACGUUCGUCGUGGGCCGGGCCGAGCGGCUCUUCGCGGACGCGGCGGAGUUCGCGGGCGGCGACACGGUCGUCGUCAUGGACCCGCCGCGCGCGGGCGCGUCCGCGGCGUUCCUCGACCAGCUCCUCGCGUUCGCGCCGGUCCGCGUCGUCUACGUGAGCUGCGACCCGGCGACGCUCGCGCGCGACGCGGCGGCGCUCGUCGCCGGCGGCGACUACGCCGUCGCGUCCGCGGUGCCCUUCGACCUGUUCCCCAUGACGCGCCACGUCGAGGCCGUCGUCGUCUUCGACCGCCGGGCGUAG